AUGUCAGCGAAAAAGCCAACGAGUUGCAUUGACGAAGUAAAAGAAAAUUUCCGAUGGACAAUAGAAAAGCAUCAUAAAUAUUCUAGUAUAAGUGAAAGUACACAAAAUCAAGCUAAUGAGUAUCAGUUGUCCAUAAUUACUUCGAAAAGUUUGUCCGCAGCAGACAGAGACAGCCGAGAUUUUAUAUUCAAUAAUGAAAUUUCCGAGGAUGAUUACUUAAUGAAUGUGUACUAUUCCCAGAAAACCAAGUUCCUUAAAUCAAUUUACAAACCACUGGAUACUGACGUGGAACCUGACGCGUUCAGUUUUAUGCCAUACAUAUCUAGUUCGGUUGAAGAUAAACUUAUUAAGGUAUCUGCCGGUCUCUUAAAUCCACCAUAUCUCGAAGAAGGAUAUUCAAUGUCUGAAAAAUACGGAACUAUCGGUUGGUUUAUUGGUCGCCAGCUUAUGUAUGAAGUAAAUAAUAACAAGAAUGCAGAUGCACCUGAGACUUCUCAGGUCGCCUGUAAUUCACCAGACGCAACAGUUUUUGAGGCUCAACUAUGCUGCUUGCAGAAACAAGACGAAUUCAAAGAAAACAACGAAAAGGAUUUGAGAUCUUUGUCAGCUGAUAUUAAUGGUCUCAUGCUAUCCUUUAAAACAUACACGGGUCAUGGAGAUUUGCAAGGAAAGAACUCGUUUUACACAUCGUUUGCAGAGAUGAUGUGUACUAGCUACUUCACAGACCUCAUUCAUACUAAAUUACAGUCUCCCGACUCCGUCCAUAAAUUCAGUGUGAAUGAUCUUCUGAAACACAGUCAGGAAUUUGCCACUACACACCGAUGUGCAUCUGGUUCAAAAAUGAAUCCUGGAGAUUUGAUGAAUAUGCAAAAAUGGCCGUGCAGUAAAUGUUAA